AAAGAUUGCUAUGCAACAGGCAAUCACCAUGGCGACAACAACUUUGUUUACAAUACACGACGUAAAGUUGGUCGAAGUUGACAAUUCUAGUCAUUUAGGAAAUACAUUAUAAAUACUUUUAGAAAUGGCUGAGAGGGCUCCCGUUUCUGCAGAAGAAACUUUAGUUCGUUAUGACAAUCCUGUGCUUGUUACUAAAAGGGCGGAAAAAGUCGUAGCACCUAUUGCUGGUUCCUCCGUUCAACCAUGUGUGCCAACAGAAGCUAAGAAGGAAACAGAAGAAAUUUUAAAUGCUAUCCUGCCACCUAAAGAAUGGGAAGAAGACGGACAAAUAUGGACGCAAAAGAUAUCAUCGACGCCUGCAACUCGGCUGGACGUGAUAAACUUACAAGAAAUGCUGGACACACGCUUGCAACAGAGACAGGCCAGGGAAACGGGCAUUUGUCCUGUUCGUCGACAGCUCUACACUCAAUGCUUUGAUGAGCUUAUACGACAGGUAACAAUAAACUGUGGCGAAAGAGGUCUUCUACUAUUGAGGGUUCGCGAUGAAGCGAGAAUCACAAUGGAAGCUUAUCAAACGCUAUACUGCAGUUCCAUCGCUUUCGGUAUGAGGAAAGCUCUGCAGUCAGAGCAAGGGAAAUCGGAUUUGAUGGAUCAAGUAGCGAAGCUUGAAACGGAACGUUCAGCUCUGGAGAAGCAAUGUAUGGAGUUGAAACAAAAGACUGAACAGCUUGAGAGGCGCGCGGCCGAGUUACGAGCCGCAGAAGAAAAACGUCACCAAGAAGAGUUGCUCGCUUUGAAGAAGACGAAUGCUCAACUCAAGGCACAACUGGAGGGCAUCAUUGCACCAAAGAAGUAAAAGUGUUUUAUUCGUUAAUUAUUUUUAAGAUGUUUUUGUUGCUCUUACUAGUUUAAAUUGUGUUCCUCAUAUAUUAUAAUUACAAAAAAAUAAAUA